GAUAGAGGGACGUGUUCCCUGCGGUGUCUGGCUUGCUCGUGACCGCGUCGUAACCAGAAAACGCGCACGCGAAGUGAGAGAACGCCCCUAGUAAGCCCGUUUGAAUAAAACAAUUUGCGUGUACUAUUCGGUGGAGAAUUUACCGACUCGUGUCCACGAGGACUUGACCGAUUAUUUUGUGCCCCCGCGCAUCCGUACCACGGGGACACAGAGGAGGCAAGGAGCCGAAGGGAGAGGACCAGACGCACACGGAGAGGAAGCCAGAAGGGCCACCGCGCAAGAACUGCGGAGAAAGACGAAAGGAUUAUAUAUUCGAGCGCAACAUGGCCACUGCGAUCGACGACCGGCAGGAGUUGCUGGAGCAAUUUCAGGCUAUCGACGAGAAUGGGGACGGUUUCAUCAACCUCACGGAGCUGCGUAGCGCCCUGGACAUCUGCGGGUUCAAGAUGCCCGGGUACAAGGUGCGCCAGAUGAUCGAGGAGUACGACGACAAGCAACGGUCGGAGCACAAAGGCAGACUGUCGUUCGAGGAGUUCGAGAAGCUGUGCAAGGAGCUGAAAGCGAACGAGCUGGGUUCGACGUUCAAGCAGGUCGUGUCGAAGAAGGAGAACCUCGAGACCUUGGGCGGUAUUUCCGAGGCGUCCAGCGAGGGUACCACACAUUCAGUCAGACUGGAGGAACAGCUCGCUUUCAGCGAUUGGAUCAACACGAAUUUGUCGCAUGAUCCUGACCUGAAACAUCUGCUGCCCAUCGACCCAGAAGGGAAGAGUCUGUACGAGAAGGUCAAGGAUGGAAUCCUCCUCUGUAAAAUAAUCAAUCACUCCUGCCCGGACACGAUCGACGAGAGAACGAUCAACAAGAAGAACCUGACCCUCUACAAGAAACACGAGAACCUGACACUGGCCCUGUCCUCCGCCCAGGCGAUCGGUUGCAACAUAGUAAACAUCGACGCCCACGAUCUCAUCAAAGGAUCCCCCCACCUGGUGUUGGGUCUUCUCUGGCAGAUCAUCAGGAUCGGUCUCUUCAAUCAAAUCACCUUGGAGAACUGUCCAGGCCUGGCCACACUCCUCCAAGACGGCGAGCGUAUCGAGGACCUGCUCAAACUAUCCCCAGAGUCAAUCCUACUCAGAUGGGUGAACCAUCAUCUCGAGAACGCUGGCAUCGCAAGACGGUGCAACAACUUCCAAUCAGACAUCACCGACUCGGAGAUCUACACCUACCUGAUCAAGCAAAUCGCCCCGCACACCUCUGGCGUCACACUGGAGGCGUUAAUGGAGCCAAACCACACUUCACGCGCAGAGAUCAUGCUCCAGCAAGCGGCUAAGUUGGGCUGUCGCAGCUUCGUGACGCCCAGCGAUGUAGUCAACGGCAUCUACAAGCUGAAUCUCGCGUUCGUCGCAAAUAUGUUCAAUAAUUAUCCAGGCCUGGACAAGCCAGAGAGCAACAUCGAGGGUCUAGAGUCCCUAGAGGAGACCAGGGAGGAGAAAACUUAUAGGAAUUGGAUGAACUCGAUGGGCGUGGUGCCUCACGUCAAUUGGCUCUAUUCAGACCUGGCUGAUGGCCUAGUCAUCUUCCAGCUGUACGACAUCAUCAAACCCGGCACUGUCAAUUGGAACCGCGUGCACAAGAAGUUCACCAAACUACGGAAGUUCAUGGAGAAGCUCGAGAACUGCAAUUACGCGGUCGAGCUUGGAAAGACGAUGAACUUCUCGCUGGUCGGUAUCGCCGGACAGGAUUUAAACGACGGGAACGCGACGCUGACGUUGGCCUUGAUCUGGCAGCUGAUGAGAUCGUACACUUUGUCGAUCCUCACGUCGCUCGCGGACACGCAAGGUAGCACUAUGGUCGAGAAGGAGAUCGUGCAAUGGGUGAACUCGAAGUUACACGGGGCGGGGAAGACGAGUAGCAUGAAGGGCUUCCAGGACUCGUCGAUAUCGGACGGGAAGGUGGUGAUCGAUCUGAUCGACGCGAUCAAGCCGGGAUCGGUGAACUAUGACCUUGUCAAGGAAGGAGGCACCGAGGAGGCGAACCUGGACAACGCGAAAUACGCGAUAUCCUUGGCCCGGAAAUGCGGCGCGCGGGUCUACGCGCUGCCUGAGGACAUCACCGAGGUGAAACCGAAGAUGGUGAUGACGGUGUUCGCCUGCCUGAUGGCGAUGGAUUACAUACCGAACAUGGACUCCGUGAAGCAACCGAACAACAUCAAGAACGGCCAAUAAUGUCGCGCCAUUUUGUUAAUCCCGUGGCGCCAUCUAAGCGCGUCAGAACUGUCGACUGAGCCACGGCGUCAGGCCGUGUCUCUUCUACGAACGUAAUGAUUGUAUAUACAUAGGUUAGGGUAGCUUGUUUUCCAAAAUGAAACCCAUACGGGGAGAAACGAGGAAGAAAAGAACGGAACAUUCAACCAUGAAAUGGAGAUCACGGCCGAAACGAAAGCCGUGUUACUUUCCGUCGUUCAUUCGAGGCAUUCUUCGACGAAGCUCGUGACUUUCAUCGUGAUCGUUUUAUUCAUUAUUUCCCGUCUGUUUAAGUUCUUGCAUAGUCCAGGAAGCUAGGGAACCAUGUAGGAUCUUGCUAGCGAGCUUCGAGAACGAAUCAUUUAUCAUUGGGUUGUCGAUUGUAACGGUCGGAAGGAUCGAUCAG